UGAUGAAUGAAAAAACUUACCCGCCAUCUUGAUUUCGCGCGAGACAACUCGAAAUUCAUGACCCCGGAUGUGAUUUGCUCAUAUAACUUCCGUCUGCAUGGAGGAGGUUACCACCAGUGACUUCUGCCGCUACCCAUCGAUUUCAUGAGCUGCUUGCUUCCCGCGGGGUCAGCUAUCACGCACCGAGGAAGUGACAGCAACCCCUUGAACUUCGGGUGCUAGCUGAAUCCAAAACGAGAGUCGAGACGCCGUCUGGCAGCUAGUGCAGCGCAGGUUCAGAGAAUCUGGCACCCGACUCAGCAGUAAUAAAGAUUGGUCUCAGGCUCAGCUCAUUUCUUUAUAAUAUAGUUGGAUACAGCAGCCUACAAUAUGUUCUUCAAGACAGCCUCGUGUGAAUCUGCAUCGUCUGCAACACGUCGGGCACUUCACCUUGUGAAGAGAGCAGAUCCGGUCCAGCUCCGUAAUGUUUUCAGCAAAAAUGCAAGCAUUGAGCAGGGUGGGGAGCGUUUCAUGACCCCUGAAGAUUUCAUCAGAGGGUACCUCAACAUGCAGCCUGAGAGGAAUUACAACCCGGAUACUCUCAAGCUACUAGCUGGUGUCGCUGAUCAAACAAAAGAUGGGUAUAUAUCGUUCAUUGAGUUCCAGGCCUUUGAAGCAAUGCUCUGUUCUCCUGAUGCCACUCAUAUGGUAGCUUUUCAGCUCUUUGAUACCAAUGGCUCAGGAUUUGUCUCUUUCAAUGAAUUCAAGCAAGUUUUCAGCCUUACAGAAGUGUACCAGAGAAUCCCAUUCAACUUUGACUCCACUUUCAUCAAACUACAUUUCGGAACGGAAAAGAAAAAAGAGCUCAGCUUUGUGGAAUUCACACAGUUUCUACAUAACUUGCAAGAGGAGCAUGCAAAACAAGCCUUUGUCAAAAUGGACAAGAACAACGUAGGCAUGAUUUCUGCAUUAGACUUCAACAAGAUCAUGUCCACCGUGUUGGGUCACAUGCUGACUGACUAUGUCCAAGACAACCUGGUCACAGUGGCAGGAGGAGAGACCAAACAUCUGGUCAGCUUCCCGUACUUCAACGCCUUCAUCAGUCUUCUUAGGGACAUGGAACUCAUGCAGAAGAUCUAUGAACAGACCACCGGUGGCUCCCAUACGCACCCUGUAACCAAGGAGGAGUUUCUUCAUGCAGCCCAGCAAUAUUCCCAGAUCACCCCCAUGGAGGUAGCUAUUCUCUUUCACAUAUGCUGCCUAGAGGAAUCAGUAGGUAUUCAAAGAAUAUUUAAGCGUAAACGACGAGUCACGUUUGAUGAUCUAGUGAAGAUUACGCCACCGACCGAUGUCAUCAAUAAACUCCAGGUGUCCCAACCCAAGGAGAAGGUGGAGCGCACUGCCAUGUUAACCAUCUUUGAGUCUGCCUACAGAUUCGGCUUGGGUGCUGUGGCAGGAGCUACGGGAGCCACAGCAGUCUAUCCCAUCGACCUGGUCAAGACUAGAAUGCAGAACCAGAGGAGCGGUCAGAUGGUGGGUGAACUCAUGUACAAGAACAGCUUUGACUGCUUCAAGAAGGUCAUCAGGCACGAAGGGGUCUUUGGUCUAUACAGAGGUCUUCCACCUCAGCUGAUUGGAGUAGCACCUGAGAAAGCUAUCAAGCUAACCAUGAAUGACUUUAUGAGGGACAAAGUCAGGAGAAAGGAUGGCACGUUUCCAGUCUGGGGAGAGAUGCUUGCAGGAGGAUGUGCUGGUGGGUCACAGGUGAUGUUCACCAACCCUUUAGAGAUUGUCAAGAUUAGACUGCAAGUAGCCGGUGAGAUUCAGACAGGUCCCAGAGUAUCUGCCAUCACCGUUCUGAAAGAUCUUGGUCUCUUUGGACUAUAUAAGGGGUCGAAAGCCUGCUUCUUGCGUGACAUCCCAUUCUCAGCGAUCUACUUCCCGACUUACGCUCACCUCAAGAAAUACUCUGCCGACAAAGAUGGUCACAACUCGCCUCUUUCCCUUCUCGUAUCUGCUACAAUCGCUGGUGCACCUGCUGCGUACUCUGUCACACCCGCCGAUGUGAUCAAGACAAGACUACAGGUGGAAGCAAGACGAGGUCAGACCACGUACAACGGAGUGAUAGAUUGUGCUAGGAAGAUCUACAAACAAGAGGGUUUCAAUGCAUUCUGGAAAGGAGGACCCGCACGUAUCUUCCGAUCAUCACCUCAGUUUGGUGUUACCCUGGUAACAUAUGAGCUCCUACAGAGAGCUUUGCCAUUAGACUUUGGAGGAAGCCGACCGGAGGGAUCCCAAGUGAAGCUAUCCCAUCAUCCUGCUGACCUACCUCCAGUCAACCCAGAUCAUAUCGGUGGCAUGCAACUAGCUGUGGCUACCUUCUCCGGUGUGGAGACAAAGUUUGGUCUCUUCCUACCAAAAUUCAGAAACCUGCAGCCGCAAGCGACCUAAUCCUACUAGUAUGAGUAAUGUUUUUUUUAAUUUAAACCCAGCUUAGAGCUGCUUAUAUUCUACUUUUCAAAAAAGUAUAGUUUAUACGUGUAUAUGAUAAGAGGCAAGUUGGUUUUCUUUCACUUAGAAGGCAUGAACGUUGAAUGUUCCAGUGCGUGUUGUACGAGAAUAGAGUAUAUACUAUAUAUUGAAUUGAUCUUUUAUAUACAGUACACCUUAAAAAGGGGUUUAUACGAGCUGAGAGCUAUUAAAGGCGACAAACACAUGAUAUGAGGUCAUAAUGAAUCAAGUCUAGUCACAUAAACACAUGGUGUUAUAGCGGUCUUUGAGAAGGUUCAUCACAAAUGAAUUUGACUGUAACUUAUGGAUAAACUGAUGGAAUAUACACUAUAUAUUGGCCUUUUAUAUACAGUACACCUUCAAAAGGGGUUUAUACAAGCUGAUAACUAAGGAGACGAUGACAUGGGUCAUGUGUUUUGAUAUGAGGUCAUAAUGAAUCAAAUCUAGUCACAUAACAACAUGGUGUUAUAGUGGUCUUUGACAAGAUUCUUCACAAAUGAAUUUGACUGUAACCUAUGGAGAAACUGAUAGAACAUAUACUAUAUAUUAGUCUUUUAUAUACAUUACACCUUAAAAAGGGGUUUAUACGAGCCGAGAGGUAAGGAUACAAUGACAUGGGUCAUGUGUUUUGAUACAAGGUCAUAACAAAUUGAAUCUAGUAACAUAAAAACAUGGUGUUAAGGUGGUCUCUGACAAGAUACUUCACAAAUGAAUCUGACUCCUACCUGUGCAGUGAAGUCAAUUGAAGGACAAGUUGCUGAUAAGCGCUGGGUUUGUGCACUACUGAAAUCAAAAGAAACCUUGCUACUAAUGAAUCGUGGACAAUACAGGGCUUUAAGUGACAUUGAUUGCAUGUGAUUGAAGUUAUUCACUAGUCAUUCAUAAUUAGUUUGUUGAAAGUAUAUGAAAUAAUGUCAAAAUUUACAUUGUUAAUGUAUGCAGUUUGUUAGUUGAGAAACAGUACAGCUAUCUGUUUGUUUUUUAAGCACUAUUGUACGAUUUGAAAAUUAGCAAUUGAGACUUAUCUUGAUAUGUUUGAGAUUAACUACAUGAAAUUUCAGGGUUUUUUUUUUUUUUUCCGACAGUAUUUAAGUGUAGGAAAGCCAUGAUAACUCACCAAUGGCAGUACAUAAAGUGUAAUUUCUUUUAAUUCAUUUGAAGUUUGCCAAUCUAUGCAACUAUAUUGUGAAUUAGAAAUAUGUUCUUGUGGUGUACAUCUUGCCUUGUAAGGGUCAAGAUCAAAAUGAGUUUAAUGAUCGCCAAUAAUUUUAAUUUUCUUUAAUUUCUUAAUGCGAAUGGCUGUUGAGGUUAUCUUGUGAUAUCAUUUUAUUAUUUGCCAAAACCUUUUCUGUGAUAUUGAUAGAUUAAUAGGCACAUAAAGGUUAGAUCAUAUAACCAGAAUUGGACAACAUCACGGAAUGUAAUUUGCAGUCUUAACCCUCGUCAUGUAUCUCCCCUUUUCCCUGACUUUUCUUUUUGGGUGGAGGAUAGUCCUCUUCUCUACCUGUCAUUUUAUCAUAAUAUCUAGUUUGAUAUUCUACUCUCUUUUAUUUAUUCUUUAAAGACAUUAGAAGGCUCUUUCUCUCUCUCUCUCUCUCUCUUUCUGGAUAUGAAUGAUUUCACCCAUGAAUAGCAGAGAUCAAAUUGUAUUUCGAUUGAAUUAUUAACAUUAUUUUGUUGAUGUGUAUUAUUUUAUUUCCUUACAGAUGUGAGAUUUAACAUGUACAAUGCAUCUUGAUUUUUUAGAACGUAAUUUUAAGCAUAUAUUUGCCAUCCUUUUAAAUUAAGUUGAAAUUUACUUAAAACAAUUUGAGUUCUCUGUAGGCAGAUCGUCACUUUGGAGCCAAAAGUGCAUUGACCCUGUGAGAAGGUAUAUGGGUUAACGCCCUUCUGGCUCCAUACAAACAAGAUGAUCUUUUAUAGGGGUGACUAUUAAACCAGAUAUGAAUAUACCAUGCUACAAUGGAUGUAAAACUAAAGGCUAGAUUACAGUUGCUAGUUCUAAUACCACAUUAAAGCAUGACUUUUGUUUAAUUGUAGAUAGAUGAAAUUUCUUUAUUUUUUGUUAAUGCCUAGGUCACAGAUGGGUUUGUCAUGUUUACAAAAUCUUCUUUAGUGAUGUGAAUUCUUGAUUUUUGUAUUGUGUGUGAUUUACGAAAGCCCUUAUGGUACUUUGUCCUCCUUGCAUCCCAUUGGUCCUGCACACAAUUGGUCAAAUGCUAACAAAACAAAUGAAAUGUUAUAUACUGUAAGGGGAUAGACUUAGGUGACUGACAUAAACCUAACCCUUGACCCUAAAACUAUGCUUGUAGGACCGAUGAUGAAGAUGACCAAAUGAUUUUCACUUAUUACUCUUCUAUAUAUGGCAUGUGCUAUCUCUUCAUUAUUUUAUCUCUUUGGUUCCUCCAGUAUCAUAACAAAUUUUGAUGAAUAAUAUGUGUUUCUUGGAUACAAUAGUCCCCCCCCCCCCCCUCCCUCCCUUUUAAGCUAAAUUGCCAAACGAUUUCUAAAGUUGCAGUAAUAUCAUAAUGUUACAUGGUUAAUUUAUUACUUCAAAGAAUAAAACCAGUGAUAGCUAUAGUAAAAUACCUCGAAACUCAGUUGUUCCCAUUGUGAGGGCUGGGCCUUCCACUGUAAGGUACAAUAUAAGAUCAAACUGUAUCAUUAAAAUGUAUCAAUUUGUUAUUAUUAAAACAUCAGUUUACUUAAGGUAUCUAGACUGCAUAUCACGAGCAGUGUGUUACUGGUUUGACUUGGGAUGGAUUCAAUAUGAUUCAAAUAUGAAAACAUUUGAAAAUAUUGAAUUAUGAAAUGUAUCUUGCUAGUACUUACCGAUACUUUUUCUUUCUUGAAUUUGAAGGUCUACAAAGUGGUUACAUGCCCAAUUUUGUUUCUGUUUCAUUCUUUUUUUGACACAAUGAAUCAGUUGAUUGGGUUAUUAUUGUAAAGAGCUGUUGUAAACAGAUAGUGAUUGUGUACUACUUCAUGGGCAUUUAUAUCAGACUUUUUUUCUUUUUUUAAAAUAUAGAUAUAUAUUGUGAUUUGAGUGUUGAGGAAAUGUUGUGGCCAUGGAAUGUCAUGGAAGUGUGCUAUGUUUACUGACUAGAUCAAUCAGAAGUUGGUUUCAUGGCCUGUAUAGUUGGCAAGGAAGAUGGGUCGACUUCUUCAGAACCAAAAGUGCAUUGACUUGUAUCGUGUCAUAUCACUUCAAGUCUUUACAGAACAGUUUCCAGAUAUCUAGCUUGUAUAAUGUUACACAGUCAAUACCGUUCUGACUCUUGAGACCUUAUCAUUGUGUGUUUUUUGUUUUUUUCCUGAUGAAAUGCUGUGCAGGCCUCAUGAAGGGUUUUACAAAGACUUUGGGCUUCCUUAGGGUAUGUGUUUAAUGAACUGUUGACAUUAUGACAAUUUUUUUUUAAAUUUUCAACUUCAUUAAGUUCUAGAUUGUAUUUUACCUGGUACGAGUAGUCAAGGAUUUCUUCUUAAUGUUGCAAAAACAGGGCCUUUUAUGUUUUAGACAGGUGUGGUUUCCUCAGAAGCAGCUACAUACAGUGUACUUAAAAGCUUCCCUACAUUUAAUAUGUUGGUGCUCGUUUGUCAGGGUUUCUGUGACACAAAACUACUUGCCAAGAAAGGAUAGUUCGCAAAGCCAUCGCUCUAGAACAAAUACUUGUUAUUUUUUGCACCAGCAUGUAUCCUUAAACAUGUGCAUUAAGUACCCCUUUCUUACUAAAAAAACCCCUAGCUAUUUGGGUGAUGGAUUUACAGGUAAUUGGAUUGCUUAGACCCUAUAAACCAUUGGUAUUUAUUUAACUCCUAGUCGGGUUCUCUUUGUGUGUGUUGUGACUAUUGGUGUAGCAUUCUUGACAGCUACAUGCCCUCUUCGAGUCUAGUCUUCAUUACCUAUGAUGUGGUGUGUAGCUAGACCUUUUUAACACUAUUGUAUUGUAUCAAUAUAUACAAACUUGGAUUGUUUUAUGAAAAUAUAUCUAGAUGAUAUUCGAUUCUACUACAGCAAAGUUUCUAUGAUGACCGAGUGAUGGAAAAAAGGAAAGGAAUAAAUUUGCUGCACAGUGCUGUGCUCUUUUUGUACAGACUUGAAAAAAA